UCUCGCUUACACCUUCCUUUACGCAGUCAAAAAACCCUUCUUCUCUUUGGCGUCUCCGAGCUCUCAAUCUCUCUCAGAUCAUCAAUGGCCGGCAAGACCGACUUCGAUUCUUCUCUUCCUAACUCUCGGAUCUCCAGAGAUGUCCAAGGGUCUGACAGUUCUAUUCCACUUUCACCACAGUGGCUCCUGUCCAAACCUGGGGAGAACAAGAUGGGAACUCCAACCUCGGAGGUCCCCACCAGUCCUUUUCCACCAUUUGCCAACCGAUUGGAUUUCAUGAAAUCACCUGGAACUGAUGAUUCCCAGAAGAAAAAAGAUGUGUUUAGGCCUUCUGUUCUUGAAAGCCGUGAACGCUGGCGUGAUGAGGAAAGGGACACAAAUUCUUUUGUCCGCAAGGAUAACAGGUGGCGGGAGGGGGAAAAAGAGCUUGGGGACACCCGCAAGGUGGCAGACAGGUGGACAUCAGAUAACAACAUAACACCAGGAAAACAACACUAUGGAGAAUCCAGACGUGCACCUUCUGAGAAAUGGGGUGAUACUGGGAACAAAGAUGCACGUGAGAGCAAAUGGAACACCCGAUGGGGCCCUGAUGACAAGGAUGCUGAUGUCACACGUGACAAGUGGACAGAAUCUGGAAAAGAUCAUGAUGUCCAGGUGUCCCAUGAGGGUGACCACCCUCGACCAUGGAGACCUAGAGGAAGAGCAGAGCCGCCACAUCAGCAAACUCCAGGGGUAAACAAACAGACUCCUAUGUUUGUUCAUGGUCGGGGUCGUGGGGAGAAUCCUAAUUCCACAUUUUCUAUUGGCCGAGGAAGGGGUGGGACCCACCCUAUGAAUAAUAGUUCCAGUUCCACUCAUUUGCAGCCUUUAGGAUCUUUUCCUGACAUGGGUGGUGAUAAUACAUCUCCUAUGAGGUAUAGCAGGUCAAAGCUGCUUGAUGUGUACAAGAUAACUAAUAUGAAAGGUGGUGAAAGGAUGUUGGAUGUGCCUUCACUUACACAGGAGGAACCAUUGGAGCCUCUUGCACUUAUUUCACCUACCCCUGAAGAAUUGUUUACAAUGAAGGGGAUUGACAAAGGGGACAUUUUAAGUAGUGGUGCUCCUCAAAUUACUAAAGAUGGAUCAUCUGGGGUUAACAUGGUUGAUACACAGUCAAGAAGAACCAAACUUGGGAGUAGAGAAGAUCUACCACUUGCUUCUGACAAUUAUUCAGAUUAUGUGGAGGGCUUAUCUCAUGAGAAGCAAGGGCACUCAUAUGAGACCAAUUUCAAACCUAAUCUCAUGGAAGAUCGCCAGUCUUUUAUAGAUUACAAAUCCAAAAAUGAAGCAAUAGGAACCUCAGCUAACUCAGGGGCAAAUUGGAGAUCUUUAUCCAUGGGGCAACGUGCACAACCGAAUACUACCAAUGAAUGGAGUAGCAGUUUAACAAAUGUCACAAAUGUUUCAAAUGUUACAAAUGUUACAAAUCCAGUUAUCAAAAGGCAACAAUCUGGAAACACUAUGGAUAGGGAGCAUGAAGCAAGGAUACUUUCACAAUCACAGCCAUCACCUGAUGAUUUGGUUCUUUUUUAUAAAGAUCCACAAGGUUCAAUUCAAGGUCCUUUUACUGGAAUUGAUAUUAUUGGAUGGUUUGAGGCUGGAUAUUUUGGGAUUGAUUUGCAAGUUCGUCUUGCAAAUGCACCAAAUGACUCACCUUUUGCUUUACUUGGUGAUGUUAUGCCUCACCUUCGUGCAAAAGUCAGACCUCCACCUGGAUUUACUGCUGCUAAAAGUGAAAUCAAUGAUGAAUCCAGUAUCCCUAAUCCUAAUGCUAUGAUGAAGAAUGAUCCAAGGUUUCAACAUGGGUCAACCACAGAAGCUGAGAAUAGGUUCAUUGAGUCUCUCAUGUCUGGUAGUGGUGGCUCAUUGGAGAAGUUUGGGCUUUCUGAAGGUAUGCAGGGGUAUUUUGGGAACCCUGGUUCGAUUCCAGCUAUGGAAAUUGCAAAAUUGAUGCAACUUGAAAGGCAAAAAUCUAUGUCUAGUCCUUACUCUCUUUGGUCUGGGCCUCCUAAAUCUGACAUUCUUCAAGAUCCUUCAGUUUUACCUCAAAAUCCUCCAAAUCCAGAGUUCAUGUCUAUUCUUCAAGGCUUAUCUGAAAGGUCAAACUCUGCUGCAAACAGUGGGGUGAGUAACUGGUCAAACUUUCCUGUUCAAACCGGGUUGGACCCACUUCAGGGUAAACAUUUCCCUCUUCAAACACCAUUCGGGGCCCACCAGAGGCUGCAAGGACAGAAUCUACCCUCGCUGGGUCCACUAACACCUGAAAAACUUCUAGCUUCUGGCCUUCCUCAUGAUCAAAUCUUAAGCUUAUUACAACAACAACACAUGUCACAGAUAAAACCUCAAAUCCCUACACCACAGUUGUCUGUAUUGGAUGAGUACCUGUUACUUAAACAACAACAACAGAAACAGGAACAGCUUCAGCAACAACAACAGCAGAUUAUGAGACAACAGCUGCUGUCCCAAGUCCUCAUAGAGCAACAAUCUCUGCAACGUUUUGGUGAGCAACAACAGCAGUCUGUUGGAUUUGCUCCUCCACAUGAGGUCUUGAAGAUUCUAUUCAUUUUGCCACAUCAGUUUAUUGACAACAGAGUGGAACAAAAGGGUGGUGGAGAUGAGAUUGUUCACCAGAAGGAACCUGAUGUACAGGAACAUGAGCAGCAGCCAUUGAUGAUUGAUUCAAGAACAGAUGAAAAUGUUGCUUUUAUUUCUGACCCUCUGGUUGCUGUCAAGAAUGAAGUUUUAGAGACUGAAUUUGUUGAAAACGUGGAGGUGAUGCCAGCUGUCACGGAGGCACCAAAGGUUCAGAAACCAUCUACUAAUGAGUCCAGUGUUGUGAAAGAAGUAAAGCCUGUUGAAACUGUGAAAAAAGCUACUGAAAAGAAGUCAAAGAAACAGAAGUCUUCAAAGUCACAAUCGUCUGACAUGGCUAAAACAGUAUCUAAACCCCAACAGCAGCAGCAGCAGCCAAAGGAACCUGAAACUGAUUUGACCAAAGUCAACGAUGUCGAAAUGGAAACAUCUCAAGUAGAAGAGACCAAAUCUAGAGUAGCCAUGGAAGAGCCUGUAACUAUGUCUAGUAAUGUCAACCAAAUCCCACAAGAUAACAACACACAAGAAGUUCAUAUUCAACGUGCAUGGAAGCCUGCUCCUGGUUUUAAACCAAAGUCACUGUUAGAAAUUCAACAAGAAGAACAACGCCGGGCCCAGGCCCAGGCCCAAGCUCAGGCCCAAGCUCAAGCAGAGAUGGCUGUUUCUGAUAUGUCAACAUCUUUAGGGUCGAUGAACAUAUCCAGCCCUUGGUCUGGUUUUGUUGCCAAUUCAGACCACAAACUUACAGAAAACAAGAAAGAUUGGGCCACUUCUGAGGCUUCCCAAAAUCAAAACAACAAGAGCCAGUUGCAUGAUCUUUUAACUGAAGCAAAAACUAGUGAGAAAAACUCUGCAUCAGUUACAGCUCCUACUCAGUCUGAUUCGAUGGAAGAAGGUAGCUUCAUUGAGGCGAAAGAAUCCAAAAAGAGUCGCAAAAAGUCUGCAAAAGCCAAAGCAGCUGCAGUAUCCAAAGUGUCUGUGUCUCCUGUUGCUGACAUCAGCACCAUUUCAAGCCCAAAUGAGAAAGUGAAAAGUUCACGUCAAGAGAAGGAGGUACUGCCAGCUGUCCCUUCAGGUCCUUCAUUUGGAGAUUUUGUUGUCUGGAAAGGGGAGACUGCAACUCCUACACCUGCUCCAGCUUGGUCUACUGAUUCAGGAAAGAUUGCAAGGCAUACUUCCUUAAGAGACAUUCUUAAAGAGCAAGAGAAAAAAGGUGGUGGUUCUUCUGUUCAACAACAACAACAUCAAGUACAUGUCCCAAUGCAGAAGCCUGUGUCAUCAUCUGCUCAAACUAAAAAUGGCCCUUCAUGGUCAUCAUCUGCUUCAUCUCCUGUCCAGAUUAUGUCACAUAGUGGGACUCAAUCAAAGAACAAAGUUGAUGAUGAUCUGUUUUGGGGUCCUUUGGAUCACCCGAAACAAGAAGCAAAAAAGGCUGAUUUUCCUCAACUUGCAAAUCAAGGGAGUUGGGCUAAGAACACUCCUGGAAAAGGACCUUCUGGUGGGGCUAUGAGUCGACAGAAGUCUGGAGGUGGAAGACCUGUUGAAGCUUCUCUUUCCUCCUCUCCUUCAUUGAAGGGGAAAAGAGAUGUUAUGGCUAAACAUUCAGAGGCAAUGGACUUCAGAGAUUGGUGCAAAAAUGAAUGUGUCAGGCUUCUUGGAUCCAAAGAUACAAGUUUUCUGGAGUUUUGUCUGAAGCAAUCGAGAUCAGAAGCAGAGAUACUUCUGAAAGAGAAUCUCGGGUCAUAUGAUCCAGACCAUGCAUUCAUCGAAAAGUUCCUCAACUACAAAGACCUCCUCCCUUCAGACGUUCUCGAAAUCGCCUUCCAAAAAACCACUGGGAACGAUGGAUUCUGGGAUUCCGAGGUCGGUGGUGGUGGUAAGGCGGCGGCAGAUGGCGGCAGCAAGGCGGGAGGAGGAGGAGGAGGAGGAGGGGGGAAAAGGGGAAGAAAGGGAAGAAGAGCUGAGCUUCUAACUGCUCCACCAAUUUUGUGA